AUGUGUGGAAUCUUCGCAUACUGCAACUUCCUGGUGGAGAAGGAUCGCAAAUCCAUCUGUGAUAUCCUCACAUCGGGUCUUUCGCGUCUCGAAUACCGUGGCUACGAUAGUGCAGGUAUCGGCAUCGACGGCGACAAGCCUGGCGACGUCCUUCUCUACAAGGAGGUAGGCAAGGUCUCCGGUCUCAAGAAACUCAUCGCCGAGGGAUCUGCCGAUCCAACCAAGACCUUUGUCUCCCAAGCCUCCAUUGCCCACACCCGUUGGGCUACCCACGGUCAGCCCAGCACCCGCAACUGCCACCCCCUGCGCUCUGAUCCCAAACACGAGUUUAUCGUUGUUCACAACGGUAUCGUAACCAACUCUGGUGAACUCCGCCUUGUCUUGCAGAAGCGUGGGUUUGUAUUUGAGAGUGAAACCGAUACCGAGGCCGUCGCGGUUCUCUGCAAAUACAUAUGGGACUCUCAGCCUUCUCAAAGGAUCACUUUCACGUCUUUGGUCAAGGCCGUUCUGAAGGAACUGGAAGGCUCCUUCGCCUUUGUCUUCAAGUCUAUUCAUUUCCCUAACGAAAUCGUUACCGCUCGUCGCGGUUCUCCUUUACUCAUCGGAGUCAAGACCGAGAAGAAGCUCAAAGUUGAUUUCGUUGACGUCGAGUUCCCAAGCGUUGGCGAUACCGAGAAGGCAUUGGAUACACUCGCCCCACCCACUGAGAGUGGACUCUUGGCCCCGCCGGCAGCAGCCGGUGCUGGUGGUAAAAUCUUCCGGUCGCAAUCGCGUGCAUUCAUGUCCGAGGAUGGCAUGCCUCAGCCCAUUGAAUUCUUUAUUGCAUCUGACGCUAGUGCGGUGAUUGAACACACCAAACGUGUGCUAUAUCUCGAGGAUGAUGAUAUUGCGCACGUCGCGGAGGGCGAGCUACACAUUCACCGCCUGCGUAAAGAUGAUGGUCAGCUCUCGGCAGUCCGUGCUAUCGAGACACUGGAAAUCGAACUCGCAGAGAUCAUGAAGGGCAAAUUUGACCACUUCAUGCAAAAGGAAAUUUAUGAGCAGCCUGAAUCUGUCAUCAAUACUAUGCGUGGUCGUGUCAACUUUGAUACCCAGACGGUUACAUUGGGUGGUCUCCGUGCAUACCUCCCUCUCAUUCGCCGCGGGAGGCGUAUCGUUUUUUCCGCAUGCGGUACCAGUUACCACUCAUGCUUAGCUACUCGCGCGAUCUUCGAAGAACUGACCGAGAUUCCAGUCUCCGUCGAGCUCGCCUCUGACUUCCUUGACCGGAAAACGCCGAUCUUCCGUGACGAUGUGUGCGUUUUCGUAUCUCAAUCGGGUGAAACCGCAGACACGAUCUUGGCCAUGCGUUACUGUAUCGAGCGCGGUGCCCUUUGUGUGGGUGUUGUAAACACGGUCGGGUCAUCCAUCUCCCGCGAAUCCCACUGUGGUAUCCAUAUUAAUGCUGGUCCGGAAAUCGGUGUCGCGUCCACCAAGGCAUACACCUCGCAGUACAUUGCUCUCAUUAUGAUGGCCAUUGUUCUUUCCGAGGACCGUACUUCUAUGACCGAGCGUCGCAAGCAAAUUAUCGAUGGUCUCCACGAGUUGCCGGCUCAGAUCAAAGCCGUCCUUCAGGGGGACAAGAACUUCCAGCAGCUCGCUAGCGAGACCCUUCACGAUUCCCGCUCCUUGCUGAUCAUGGGUCGUGGGUUCCAAUAUGCAACGUGCUUAGAAGGUGCCUUGAAGAUCAAGGAAAUCAGCUACAUGCACUCUGAGGGCAUCCUUGCCGGAGAGCUCAAGCAUGGACCCCUUGCCCUUAUCGAUGAGAACAUGCCUGUUAUUAUCAUUAUGACUCGUGACGCGCUCUUCCCCAAAGUGCAGUCUGCACUUGCGCAGAUUACUGCUCGCAAGGGGCAGCCGAUCAUUAUUUGCAACGAGGGUGAUGAAAGCAUUCCUAAGAAUGCAAAGACAAUCCAAGUGCCAAAGACUGUCGAUUGCCUGCAGGGCUUGUUAAAUAUCAUCCCUCUGCAACUGCUCUCGUAUCACUUGGCUAUUCUUAACGGAUUCGAUGUCGACUUCCCAAGGAACUUGGCUAAGUCGGUGACCGUGGAGUAA